UCGGACGACUGAGCGCGGGUUUUGGAAGGCAACCGGAUCUAACCGGCCCAUCAGAAGUGCGGCCAACCCCAAGCACCUUAUUGGGCUCAAGAAGACAUUGGUCUUCUAUAUAGGCCGGGCUCCUCGUGGAUCCAAAACCGAUUGGGUUAUGAAUGAGUAUAGUCUUCCUGACAAUUCCUCAUCAAUUCCUCCUCCAAAGGAGGACAUAGUGUUAUGCAAGAUAUAUAGAAAAGCAACAUCUCUAAAGGAGCUAGAGCAACGAGCAGCAAUGGAAGAGGAUGCAAGGGCUGCGCUUCUGCUGGGAAUCAGCAGCACUGCAUGCACUACAGAUACUGUGUCAUCUUCAGAAUUCGAUUGCAACUUUCAGAACUCGCAUACUAGUUUUGAUGUUGAUGGGAAUAAUAAUGAUGAGCUAACACUAGUUAAGGAGGAGGAGGAGAUCAAGAGAGGGGCGGAGACAUCAUCGUCGACGAUAAAUUCGUCGUUGGUUGCCAGAUCGGUAUACUUGCCAGAGCUUCAGGUACCGAGGACAGGAAUGGAGUGGCAGGACACAUUUUUGACACAGCUGAGGAGCCCGUGGCUGGAGCAGUGGUCUCCCUUGGCUAACUGGCUCAACUUCUGACUUGUGCGCUUUGGUAAAUAAUAAAAUUUGUACAUGAAUGAGUAGUUUUUGGACCCUUGAGUUGUCAAAAAGAAAAGGAAAGUAAAAGUAAUAAUGUAGGAGAGAGGGUACUUUAGUUGUGCUUUAAUGCAGCAAUGAAUUCAACAGGAAAAAAAAACAAUUGUUUUAUUUGAGUGCGAGUAAUAAU